GUGUGGUGUUGCAGUUGUAGGUGGUAAAUCCAGUUAUCCGGUAGGAACGGUAAGGAAGGGUAGGUUUCGGGUUCGUAAAUAUGUUGUGUGCUUGUUUCGUGUCAGUCUCUCCGAAAGAUUACGGCAUCUCUUAAAAGAAAUUUGAAUUAUGGCUGGUUGUGGUAAUAAAGAAGCGUUAUUUGCUUGGGUAAACAACAAACUGUCAGGAAUGUUAGACUUUCCAGUACCGCAAGAUUUGACGCAGUAUGUAUUGUCAAUUGAAAAUGCCAGAGAUCUAGAAGAUUACCUGAAAACCCUACUCAACUUUAAUAAUGCUCAUCAUCGGCAGUUUUAUGAGGAAUUGUUACAGAAACGCCAAGCAGGGUUUACAGGAGUGCCGCUGGAUUUCCAGGGCUAUAAGAAGUGUCAGACAGAACAGAUUUACUUUCCUCCUAAACAAACAGAGAGGAAAAAGAAGUCCAAAGGCCAGCCCGAGGAAAUUUCACAGAAGGAACCACAAGGCAAAAAGAAAUCCAAGUUUGUCAACCUUUACUCACCAGAUGGACAGGCCAAAGACAUUAUUUUGCUGAAAGGCCGUCACCCUUGUGAUUGUCAGGCUAGCAAGCACAAACUAAUCAACAAUUGUCUCAGUUGUGGGCGCAUUGUGUGCGAACAGGAGGGUUCUGGUCCAUGCCUCUUCUGCAACAAUCUGGUUUGUUCCCGAGAAGAGCAGCAGCUGUUGGCAUCCGGUUCAAAGCAAGCCGAGCAUUUGUUACAGAAACUUGCAGACCAGAAGAAACAUGGAAGUUUAGAAUCUGCAGUCAAGCAGAGGAAUCGGCUGCUGGAAUAUGACAGAACCAGUGAGCAGCGCACAAAGGUGAUCGAUGAUGAGAGUGACUACUUCACUGUGAACUCUGUUUGGCUGUCCAAAGCAGAACGAGAGAAACUGCAGCAACGUGAAGAGGAGCUCCGAGCGAGGCGCCACGCAUCUCGUCUCGACAGAAGAGUCACCUUAGAUUUUGCAGGACGCCAAGUCUUGGAGGAUCAUGAGACAGAGACUUUUUAUGACAAAGAUGACAUUGUGCUGAAGGAAAUCACUGAAAGCCUCAAGGAGAACAGGAUUGGCAUGAUGAAUGGUAGCAACAUGAACCCAGGAAUCUUGUACAUACAGCCCAUUUUUCGUGAAGAUAUGGGCAGGUCCAUGCAGACUGCCUCACUGAGAUUGGAUGACAGCAUGAACCUCCACAGGCGGGUGCAGGAUCGAGAGCUGAUUGAGAUGCUCGACGAGGGCUAUUGCUUGAGCUUGCACCAGCCCUGGGCAUCACUACUUGUUGCUGGGAUCAAGUUGCACGAGGGCCGCACAUGGUACACAUCCCACCGAGGCUGUCUGUGGAUUGCUGCAACUGCGAAGGUCCCCAUGCCACAAGAGAUACAGGAUGCCGAACAUUCAUACGAAAUUCUGAAUGGAGGCAAGAAGAUGUGGUUCCCAUCACAGUAUCCCACCGGCUGUCUUCUGGGAUGUGUGCAUGUAGUUGACUGCCUGCCCCAGGAGGAGUACCGCAUCAGCUUCCCACAUGGGGAGAGUGACAGCCCAUUUGUUUUCAUAUGUGAAGAUGCCAAAGAGUUGCCCAUCCGAUUUCCAAUACAAGGAAAACACAAAAUAUAUAAGCUGGAUCCAAAAAUCCAUACAGCUGCUCGAAAGUCCUUGCAGAGGAUGGCCCAGUUGCAAGCAGAACAAGCCACGAUGAAAUGAAGUGCUGGGUGCCUGGGAGCAGUUGUAGAUAUACAUUUCUGUACACUUCUUUGUUGUCUCUCCCACUCCAGACUCCUGUCAACCAAAUUUAUAUCUGCUUUUUUGUGUUGGUCAAGGUGAUACAACAAAGUUGUUAUACAAAGGUAUAAAGUUGGUCUUGGCUGAACAA